AUGUCGUCUGUAGACAUCGCCGCUAUCGAACAACAGAUGAAAAUGGCCUCCCUCGACGGCCUCCGCGGUUACGCCCAAAAUCACUACGGGGAGGUGCAACAGUAUCGCAAGACCGAAUACGUGCCUAAGUCGUCCGCUUGUGGUUACCAAGUCCUGCGCGAGCCUCUGUGGAACAAGGGUCUAUCCUUCACAGCAGAAGAACGCGUCUCCAAGAACUUGACUGGUCUGAUCCCCCACACCAUGGAGACCGUCGACACGCAAGUCCGCCGGUGCAUGAAGAUGAUCAACUCGAGGCAGACUGGCAUCGACAAAUACCUGUACCUCUCGGCCCUCAAAGACCAGAACAUGGACCUAUUCUACCGGGUCCUCAUCGAUAACGUUCGUGAGCUUAUGCCUUUGGUGUAUACCCCGACUAUUGGCGACGUCUGCCUGCAAUACUCGACUUUGUACACUCGCCCCGAGGCACUCUACAUCUCCAUUAAGCAACGAAAAUCCAUAAGAACGAUCCUCCAGAACUGGCCGUAUCCCAAUCCCGAGAUUUGCGUUGUGACGGAUGGAUCUCGAAUUCUUGGCCUGGGCGAUCUUGGCGUCAACGGCGUGGGCAUUUCCAUCGGCAAAUUGGCCCUAUACACGGGAGCUGCAGGCAUCCACCCUCAAAAUACCCUUCCCAUUGUCCUGGAUGUCGGUACCAACAACGAGGACAACCUGAAAGAUGAAUUCUAUCUCGGUCUCCGAGCCAAACGUCCCUCUGCUGCGGUUGCCCAGGAGUUCAUGGACGAGUUCAUGGAGGCGGUCACCGAGGUCUACCCCAACAUGGUAGUUCAAUUCGAAGACUUCGACACCGAAAAGGCGUUCGCGUACCUCACUCGUUACCGAAACCAGUACAAGUGUUUCAAUGACGACAUUCAGGGUACGGGAGCCGUCGUCUUGGCUGGAUACAUUGGUGCUGUCAACUUGUCCGGAGUGCCUCUGGAGGAGCAGCGUCUCGUCUUUAUGGGAGCUGGAUCCGCCGGUGUCGGUGUCGCCAAGCAGAUGGUCGAGUACUACACUCGCCGCGGCCUGACGGAACAAGCUGCGAAAGACAAAUUCUACCUGGUGGAUACCAAGGGCCUCGUGACUAAGGAUCGCGGUGACAAGCUCGCUGAGCACAAGAAGUACUUCGCACGCACAGACAACAGUGGCCACCAAUUCCGAACCCUCGAGGAGGUCAUCGAGUAUGUCCGGCCUUCGGCGCUCGUUGGUCUUACGGCGACUUUCGGCGUCUUUACUGAGUCGGUUGUGCGGGCUCUCAAGGCCUCAGUGGAUUCGGGAGAGUGCACGUUCGAACAAGCUAUCACCUGGACUGAGGGCACCGCCAUCUUCGCAUCUGGUUCUCCGUUCGCCCCUGUUAACGUGAAGACGAGCGAUGGCACCAUGACAUACCACCCCAACCAGGGCAACAACGUCUACGUGUUCCCCGGUAUUGGACUGGGAGCCAUUCUGGCCAAGGCGACCAGGGUCACCGAUGAGAUGAUCUACAUUGCGGCUGCCGCUCUGUCUGAGUCGCUCAACGCUGACGAGAUCCACAAGGGGCUGAUUUAUCCCCGCAUCGAGAGAGUCCGCGACGCCAGCGUCGUCGUCGCCCGCGAGGUGAUGAAAGCUGCGCGCAGGGAAGGUGUCAGCGCUCUGCCCGAAUCGCAAUGGAUCGAGUGGGAAGAAUGGGGUGACGUCGCGCUGACGAACUUCAUCAAGUCUCACGUCUAUGACCCUUUCAAGUAA